UGUGUUGUCUGCUAUGGCGUGAGCUCCUAAUUUUAGCUGAUUUUUUCUUUUUUAUUUUCAGGACUUGACGAGGUUGGCGAAGUCAAGGAUAGAGAUUGGGCACGUCGGGGUGCGUGGGUUGCGAAAUCGCGUAUGACCAAUAUUGGAAACGAGAGAGGAUUAAUGUUGUUAGGCUUAUACUCCGCGAGGCUGAAGGAUUUUCAUUCGUAAGAGAACCGGUUGAGUAUCAUACAGCAGCUUGAAAAGAGGCACUGUUGUUAACAGCGCGACAAGGAAGGGAGGGCAUUUGAUCCUCUUCUCCCUCUCUUUUCUCAUCGCCAAUGUAACAGAACGGGUGGCUCGACAUAGUGACUCGACAGCUAGUAGGAUAGACAUUAAGUACGAGGAAUUCUUAGUCAUACGUAUUAUUAAUCCCAAGUGUGUCCAUUAAUCCGCUACGUGUAACCCAAGGUAUAAAUGCAUGCGACACAGUCGCGAGUGUAAGGUGUCCAGCCGUGAGGAACUCAGUUUCAUAAAGAAGAUAUAAAAAUGCUAGAAUAUUAUGAAUGUGCGCUUCUUAUAUAUUGAAUAUUAUAUCAGCGUGUAAUAGUGUGAUCGAAAGAAGAAAAAACUUUCCUAUAGGAUUCAAUUCUAAACGCAGGAAGCGGACGUCCGGACUUUUAUCGUGUAUAACACAUAAUAGAGGCGACCCAAGAGAUCAAUCCAAGAUUCGCGUUUCACUGGACAGGUGAUUGGAUUUAUUGUAAAGCGGCAGGUGAACAAAAUGAGAACGUCAGUGGCGACAACCAUUGUGCAACUAGCGAAAUAACGGUGGAACGCUUAAUUGGCACUCCAAUAAAUUGUGACGACAAUAAAAUGGAUCUCGAAGAGGAUUCGCUGCAGGAACGCCUGCUAAAUGUCUGCGAGUCUACUCCAAGCGGCGCGCAAAUACUUUACAAGCUACUGCUGGAUGCCUUACGGUCCAAGAACUUCCGUUCUUUUAAAAAUACAAUAGAACAUAACUUGAAGAGGCAGCCGCCUAUUCUGAAUAUCAACCACAUCUAUCCAAACACGGAGGAAACAUGCCUCGAUACAGCGAGCAAAAAUGGGUUAACGGAGUUCGUGGAGUUUUUAUUGCUUCAAGGUGCGAAACCUAACAGAGUGAAUGAAGCGCAUAAUCGCGCUCCUAUCCACUUCGCUACCGAAGGCGGACACGUGGACACAUUGGCAGUUUUGCUAGCGGAACCAACGAUAAAUCCAAAUCUCGAAGCGGGACGGCAAACUGCCUUGCACAUCGCGGUGAGAAAGAAUGACCUGACCUGCGCCGGUCUGCUGCUGGAGAAAGGUGCCAGCGCAAGUAUUCCGAAUAACAAGGGCCUGACGGCCCUCCACUUGGCGGCGAUGAAGGGCCAGGGGGAUAUGGUGGAACUGAUACUAGGGAAAAGCCGACAGAGUCCAGAUAUCGACACCUACAAAGAUUACAACGACCAGACGACGCGAGAGGUGAUUCAGCAGAGGCUGCCGGACGUGUCGUUACCACCCAAAUGUGGAAAUCGCGAGGUAAACGUGCACGAUCUUAAGUACUAUUUGAUCGCCAACGACGAGAAGAACUUCCUGAAUAGUAUGGAGCUUGUCAAGACGGAGGUUCUUCACGGCGUAGCCGAGGAGCUGUUGGAAAUGACCGCGCAGCGAGGUUUUCACCGGGCCGCGAUUGAAAUCCUGGAAAAACUCAAGGGCAGACAGUUUAGCGUAAAGAAAGCCGCGCAGGCGGCCGUUCAGCACAGCGAUCACGCUAUUCUUCAGGUGCUGCUGAAAGUGGAGCCAAGUGCGGCCAACGACCUGAUCCUGAACGCCUGUCUCGAGCUGGGGAUGCCGGGGAAACGAGGGGCCGACAGCACGACCGAUCGCCUCGAGUGUCUGAAGCUGAUCCUGGAACAGGAGAACGUGAAUGUCCGUUGCAGCGAUAAUAAAGGCAACACUCCGCUACAUUACGCGGCCGGGGCUAACUGUCGAGAAGCGGUGACUUUGCUUCUCAACCGAGGCAGCUACAUCGGUCACAUGAACAAGUUCAAUGUACCGCCUGUCGCGGACAUCUCGGCACACACGCUGUCGCGCUACUUCGACGACUGUCUGCAGACGCGGAAGGACCGGGCGAACGAGUACACAAUUGAAUUUAACUAUCGCUGCUUGAUGCCGAACGACGUCCCAGCGGAGCAUGACCAGGCUCGCCGAGCGGCGCGCGAAAUGGAAGUGUUCAAAUACAUCGCCGGCAACGGCGGUCUCAAGCACCUGCUGAAACAUCCGCUGCUCUCUUCCUUCCUGUAUCUCAAGUGGCACAGAAUACGGCACGUUUUAUACGCGAAUUUCGUCUUCUACGUCGCCUUUUAUAUCGCGUUACACGCUUACAUCCUUAGCAUGACUUACGACACACAGAGAGAGAACAAGACGCAAGCUGCCAACGGCGACUCUGACAGGCCGUUGGAAAGUACGUUGCGAAUUGUCUGGUACCAGAACAGCUCCCUGUGGGCCAUCACCACUAUCCUGUUGCUGUUGUUCAUCCUCCGAGAGACUCUCCAAUUCGUCUCCUGCUCCAGGCGUUAUCUGACGAGCAUGAGGAACUGGCUGGAGGUCGCGCUGAUCACGUUCACCAUCGCCUUGCUGUGCGGCGCGGGUCUCCAGGUCGCUGCCGUGGUGAUCCUGCUGUCCGCCUGGGAGCUGGUGAUCCUGAUCAGCCAGCAUCCGCGCCUGUCCACCGGCAUCGAGAUGUUCCGGACGGUCUCCUUCAAUUUUAUGCGCUUUCUGUUUCCCUACCUGUUCCUCAUCCUCGCAUUCGCCCUGGCCUUCUACACGCUCUUCAAAGACGGCAACGACACGAAUUUCCCCGAUCCCGGCCUCUCGCUCUUCAAAACUGUCAUUAUGCUCACCGGCGAGUUCGAUGCCAGUGACAUCCCGUUCAUCUCGCAUCCCGUUUGGAGCCACAUCGUGUUCAUGCUGUUCGUCUUCUUCAUCGCUAUCGUGUUGUUCAAUUUACUCAAUGGUCUGGCGGUCAGCGACACCGCUGAGAUUCUCUCUAAGGCCGAGUUGGUCGGACUUAUCUCUCGAAUACGUUUGAUCACCUACAUCGAGGAUGUGGCGGUGGGCGAGCCUUUCCGGCAUUGCUCUUGCUGCAAUUCGCGAUUGUCGCGGUGGAACCCUUUCGGCUUUCUCGCUAAGAGAAUUCUUUUGUUCCCUCAUCUCCUGAGGGACGGUAAGAUUAGUGUCAAGCCGUGCGACAGCUUGGACGCUUACGAUAACGAUAGAUAUUACGAGAGGUACGUUCGCAGCGAAUCUAUAAAGCGCGACAAACAGUGGAUCACCUGGAGAAUGGAUCCUGACAUAAUUAAACAAGCUAAACGUAUUAUCUACAAUAAGAAUCAAUUGACAGACAAUGAAAGGUUUUCGAUUAUGUUAAAGAAAUUGUGGGAGGAAAUAGCGGAGAUAAAGACACUUUUGAAAAAAUAAACUCUGCACUGGAGAAUAAUAUAAUAUGAAUAAUAUAUGGUAGAACCUGUAAGAUAGAAUUACUAAUGAGUAUUCCAAUUUAUUCUGAAUUAUUCUGAACUGUCUGGAACUUUUUAAACUCAUGUAAUAACGUACUUGUAAGUCUACAUAUGAAGCUUAAUUUUAGAAAUCGCAUUUAAAUAACAUUGUUGAAUAUUUAUACUUUAAAUUUUAUAACCGAUAAAACUUAGCAAAACAACCGUGUAAAUAGCUACAAAGUUCAACAAACUGUUGAGCGCAACAGUGCAAGCACGUAAUAUAAAAGAACUAAUAUUAAUAUUAAGUAAUGUUAAAAGUACAUUAUUUAAAAAAUU